AUGGAUCUAGGCGAUGGCACCACGGACAUUGUCCAUCCGGAAGUCCGAGCCCACAUCAACAGUCUUGUCUCUGCCCUUGGUGGCAUUGGCGCCGACGACGACGGCCGAUAUCGACUCGGAGACGACGCCCUCGAGGUUCUGCGCGACAUCAAACGAUGGAUCCGAUUCUACGACGAAAAGACGAACCGCAUGGACGUUGCGCGAUGCAUCUUCGAGGCGAACCUGAUCGAGGGCGACUUGCUCCCCAUUCUUGCGACUUGGCCCGAGAACGCCAUGGACAACAAGUUCAAGUCCAAGAUAGCCCUGGCCUGCUUCGAGGUCAUGACCCCUUUGACAUGGCCCAUGGAGAAGGACCGGGAACGCAUGACGGUGAAUCAUCACCGCCAUAUCCCCGUCCUUGAGUUGACUCAGGUGGGAUACAAACGAGCCAUCAUCAACUUCGACGGAGCCCGCAUUCUUCACACAGCUGUCCGAUUGGCCCUGCCUUCCAUGGCCGUUCCGAUCGGCGACCGAACCCCUCGAGACCAGGGCAUCAUCAAGCUGGUGCUCUUCUUCCUGCGAAACAUGGCCAUGAUCGAACCACCUCCCAACGUCAGAUACGACGGCGACGAGUCGCAAAUCUCGAGAUCCGCCACCAUCGACGCCUUCUCCUACCAAGACAUCUUCCUCGUACUUCUCACACUCGCGUCGAACAUGGGCGAAGAUUUCAGGACCGAAGACACCACCGUUAUGGAAAUUAUCUACCACCUAGUCAAGCAAGUCAACGCCGAGAAGCUCUUCAUGAACGAGCAGCAAUUAAGCAAGGCUAGGGCUGGAGAGCUCUCUGCCAUGAUGGACAAGGAAUCAUCAAUGCUCAAGGCCGUCAAUCGCAAGGGGCCCACCCGACACAAUCGGUUUGGCACAAUGAUUUGGGUGAAGCGCGAAGACGGCAAGAUGUCAUCACUUUCGGGGCAGGAUGCUCUCGCCGAUGCCGCCACACGAAACCAGAAGAUUGACAGUGUCAAGACCUUCCGACCCCCUCGCAGGGCUCGAAAGGCCGACAAGGACGAGCAGGAUAUUGGACUUCCGACUAAGCUCAAUUCGAGGGCAAAUGACCAACUGGCUUCUUUUGUCGAAGAAUUUCUCGAUUCCGGCUUCAACCCUCUUUUCCUGCAUAUCCGGAAAACAAUCGACCGAGAAGCGCCUCAUGUGAUGCAGUAUCAUCGUCGGCAAUUCUUCUACUUGGUGGCAUGGUUCCUGGAUGCCGAACGCAUGAGACGCAAGUCCAAGAAGAAAUCAGGUAACAAGAGCACCGACGAGGUCAGCAGCUUCAACCUUGUGGCUGCUGUCCUAAACCAGGAGAUGUUCAUCACGCUGAACAAGGCUCUACACGAGUCCUACGAAUACAAGGACUGGAAUGAGUUAACUGCAGUGAUGCGUUGCUUCACUCAGAUUCUCCUUACCGUCCAAGAGAUGGCCGAGUCUGGCAAUGACGAAGACGAGGAGAUUGCCGAGAACGUACUCAGCCGUCUCUUUUACGAAGAAGCUACCCAUGACAUCAUUGCCAACAUCAUUAGAACAUACAAGGACCAGGGGUUCAACUAUCUUGAUGCUUCCACAGAGUUGGUCCACCACUUCCUUCGCAUAUUGGAGGCCUAUUCAAAACAGAACGCAGACAUGCAAGUCCGCUCGCGGAAGCGGACACGCCGGAAGAAGAAGGCUGAUCAGCAGGAUUCCGGAGAAGGCAACAACGACGACGAAAACGAUGGUUCGGAAAUUGACGAGCAAUCGGCUGAGCGCACUACCAAGGAGCGCAAAUUCGACUUUCAUAGAUUUUGCUCGCGGUUCACGCCUCAAGGAGUCGUCGACACGUUCGUCAAGUUUACCAAGUUCUACCACGACAUGAACGAAACACAACUAAAGCGUAUGCAUCGGUACUUCUAUCGUGUCGCCUUCAAACAGGAAAUGAGUGUCAUGCUCUUCCGGGUGGACAUCAUUCACCUCUUUUACAACAUGGUCAAGGGACCCUCAGCCCUAGAAAAGUCUUCUAGCAUGUUCAAGGAGUGGGAAGAAUUGGUUAAGCAGAUCCUGCGCAGAUGUUUUAAGAAAAUCGAGCAGCGGCCAGAACUCAUCGUCGAGAUGCUUUUCAGCAAGCUACAGAGCACCGCGUUCUUCUUGGAAUAUGGUUACGAGAGGCAGACUGUGUCUACUGCGAGCAAGGCAAAGCCAGGCGCAGAGCUCGUAUUCAAGAAUACUGAAGAGAAGGACCGCCAGAUUGCGAUUGUGGUGGGUGCGCUGUUAGACAAGAACCAGGGAGAUCAUAUCGGCUGGGUGAAACAUAUUCUUGCCGAUGCUGAGAGCGAGCGACGUGCUUGGGCGGCAGCGGAAGAGGCGAUGCCACCGGGCGAACCUCCUCAAGAUGGCGAAGAGGAGCAACCUGUUGAGCGAGAGCCAAAGGCACCUCCCAUGAUCGUUAUCCGUCCCGAUGACAAUGCCCAGCGAACAGCAAUGUUUAAGAAUUCGCAUCUCCGUCUUCUGAUGACGCUCUCCGACUUCAAACUCCUCGGGCCGGCCUCAGAAGAGACCCCAGAGUCACCAUGGAUGAUCUCCAGCGACGUGACUGCAGACGAUCUCAAAGACAGCCUCCACUAUAUCAACCAGGCCGAGUUCAGCCCGCCAACCUUUGAGGAGGGAGUUCUCGCUGAGAACCAGCUCAAGCGCAAGACAACCCCUCGCAAGAAGGCCGUCUUCGACGACGACGAGGAAGGCGAGCCAGACGAUGGCCUGUUCCCUGCGGGCGGUCCUACUGCCCGCAAGGUCAUCGACGAGGAAAAGCGGCCUAAGAAAACGCGCAAGCGACGUCGUCGGGGUAGCGAUGCCGAAGAAAAGGCCCGCAAGCGGCGCGAGAAAGAUGCCAAAAAGAACCGUGGUAUCAAGUCGGCGUUGUUGGUACGCGAGGGUGACGACGAGUUCGACUCGGACGAAGACAGGGUCUUCUACGCCAAGGAACGCGAGAUCAAGGAAAAGGCUGCUGCUGCUGCAAACGCAGCACAUGGUAUCCCCAGGGCAGUCCCUGCGCCAAAGAAGCGCGCCCCAGUGGUUGAUGUCAGCUCCGACGACAACGACGACAGCGACGACAGCCCCAACAACGAAGACAGCCCCAACAACGAAGACAGCGACGACAACGACGACAGCCCCGACAACGACGACAGCGACGACGAUGAUGUAGAUGACGCGCUGGGAUUUGUUCGCAUGGUCAUGGGAAGCCAAGCAACCGUAGACCAGGCGGAGGACACGCCGCUCGACGGAAGCGACGGCAAGGCUAGGAAGCGGCGGCGAGUGAGCGUGGAGGACUCGGAACAGGAGGAGGAUGUCGAGAUGGGCGAUACGAGCAAUGGGCCAGAGCAGGCAUCGGAGUCGGGGGCUGUCGAUGAUGAUGAGGAUGCCGCCCCGGUGGUGAGGCGGCCCAGAGGGCGUGGCCCGUUUAUCAUGGACAGCGAUGAUGAUGAGUAG